AUGCUGCUUGGGGCGUCUCUGGUGGGGGUACUGCUAUUCUCCCAGCUGGUGCUGAAACUCCCCUGGACCCAGGUGGGGUUCUCUCUGCUGCUCCUUUACCUGGGGUCUGGCGGCUGGCGCUUCCUCCGGAUCUUUUUCAAGACCAUCAGACGCGACAUCUUUGGCGGCAUGGUACUCCUGAGGGUGAAGGCAAAGGUGCGGCGGUACCUGCGGGAGAAGCGGACUGUGCCCAUCUUGUUUGCCUUUACGGUACAGCGCCACCCCAACAAGACUGCCCUGAUUUUUGAGGGCACGGAUACUCACUGGACCUUCAAACAGCUGGAUGACUACUCAAGCAGCUUAGCCAACUUCCUGCAGGCCCAAGGCCUGGCCUCAGGUGAUGUGGCUGCCUUAUUCAUGGAGAACCGCAACGAGUUUGUGGGCCUGUGGCUGGGCAUGGCCAAGCUGGGCGUGGAGGCAGCACUUAUCAACACCAACCUCCGGCGGGAUGCCCUGUGCCACUGCCUGACCACGUCACGGGCAAAGGUCCUCAUCUUUGGCAGUGAGAUGGCUGCAGCUGUCUCUGAGAUGCACACCAGCCUGGACCCCUCGAUGAGUCUCUUCUGCUCUGGCCCAUGGGAGCCCAGUGAAGUACCUGCUGGCACAAAGCACUUGGACCCCCUGCUGGAAGAUGCCCCCAAGCACCUGCCCAGUGUUCCUGACAAGGGUUUCACAGAUAAACUCUUCUACAUCUACACGUCGGGCACCACUGGGAUGCCCAAAGCUGCCAUUGUGGUGCACAGCAGGUAUUACCGUAUGGCUGCUUUGGUAUACUACGGAUUCCGCAUGCGGCCAGAUGACAUUGUCUACGACUGCCUCCCCCUCUAUCAUUCUGCAGGAAACAUUGUGGGAGUAGGGCAGUGUUUGCUCCACGGCAUGACAGUGGUGAUCCGGAAGAAGUUCUCAGCAUCCCGGUUCUGGGACGAUUGUAUCAAGUACAACUGUACGAUUGUGCAGUACAUCGGUGAGCUGUGCCGAUACCUCCUCAACCAGCCAGCCCGAGAAGCUGAAAACAAGCACAAGGUGCGAAUGGCUAUAGGCAAUGGCCUUCGGCAGUCCAUCUGGACCAGCUUCUCCAGCCGCUUCAACAUCCCCCAAGUGGCCGAGUUCUAUGGGGCCACCGAGUGCAACUGCAGCCUGGGCAACUUUGACAGCCAGGUGGGAGCUUGUGGCUUCAACAGUCGCAUCCUGUCCUUCGUGUAUCCCAUCCGGCUGGUGCGUGUCAAUGAGGACACCAUGGAACUGAUUCGGGGGCCCGACGGCGUCUGCAUUCCCUGCCAGCCAGGUGAGCCUGGACAACUGGUGGGCCGCAUCAUCCAGAAGGAUCCCUUGCGCCGCUUCGAUGGCUACCUCAACCAGGGUGCCAACAACAAGAAAAUUGCCAAGGAUGUCUUCAAAAAGGGGGACCAGGCCUACCUCACAGGCGAUGUGCUAGUGAUGGACGAGCUGGGCUACCUGUACUUCCGGGAUCGCACAGGGGACACAUUCCGCUGGAAAGGGGAAAACGUGUCCACAACAGAGGUGGAAGGUACACUCAGCCGCCUGCUGGACAUGGCCGACGUGGCAGUGUAUGGCGUUGAAGUGCCAGGAACAGAGGGCCGAGCUGGCAUGGCUGCUAUCGCCAGCCCGACAAGUAGCUGUGACCUGGAGCACUUUGCAAAAUCCCUGGAGAAGGAGCUGCCCCUGUAUGCCCGCCCCAUCUUCCUGCGCUUCCUGCACGAACUGCACAAGACAGGGACAUACAAGUUCCAGAAGGCAGAGCUCCGAAAGGAAGGCUUUAACCCGACUGUUGUGAAAGACCCACUGUUCUAUCUGGACAGUCGCAAGGGCCGCUAUGUCCCACUGAACCAAGAAGCCUACACCCGCAUCCAGGCAGGCGAAGAGAAGCUGUGA